AUGACCCCGGUACGGUACUACCGGGUGUGGAUCUACUCCGUUAACAGUUUGGUGAUUGUUUUUCAGACGAUGAUGGUGUGGUGGAUCCACGGGAUGUUCACCCAUCAAUGGUGGCAAUACAUCCCGUUCGAGGAGGACCACCCGACCAUCAUCGCCCUGGAGAUCCAGAUUGGGGUCCAGUACUUUGCCUGCAUCGUCGGGAUCAUGGGGGUGCUGUUCUCGAACAAGUCUCUAUUGACCAUCUACUGGGAAGAUAUUGGGGAGCUUUUCUCCGAGAUUGUCUACUCAAAUCACGCCAAGUUGUACAAGCAUGAUGAGGACGAUGAGGACUAUUGCGAACCCGGGACGCCAGAGCGCAAAAUUUUAAUCGCA